CUGCUCCGUGUUACACGCGAGAGAUGCUGGAGAAGGACAAACGGACCUUUUUGCAGAAGACUCCCCAUGUGAGUGUGAGCGCUCUCCCGAUGGCAGGACGUCACAGCACAGGGUCCCAGCUGAGCCUCAUCCUGGUGGGCAAGACAGGGAAUGGGAAGAGUGCGACAGGGAACACCAUCCUUGGGAGGGAAGCAUUUACUUCUAAUUUGUCAGCUGAGUCGUUAACACAAGUGUGUGAAAAAGAAGAAUGCUUCUUCGGUGACAGAUUAAUUGAAGUUGUCGACACGCCCGGCCUUUUUGACACUAAGGAAGUCAAUGAGAAAAGAGCUGAAAUGAUUCAGAAAGCCUUUAAGAAACUCUAUUCAGGGGUCCACGCCAUCAUCCUGGUGAUGCAGCUGGCCCGAAUCAGUAAGGAAGAGCAGGAAGUGGCUGAGUGGGUGACCAGAAUCUUCCAUUCUAAAGCAGAGAGAUACACAAUCCUCUUAUUCACCCGAGCAGAGGAGCUGGAGGAUCCAAAAGGUCUGAAGGGCUUCAUAGACAAGAGCCCAUACCUCAAGGGCCUGGCAGCCAAGUGUGGAAAUCGGUACAUUGGUUUCAGCAAUGGAGUCACUGGAGAGAAAAGGGAUCAGCAGGUUACAGAGCUCAUCAACAUGAUUGAUGCCAUGAUCGAGAAGAAUGGCAGGGCUCCGCGUUACACACGAGAAAUGCUGGAGGAAGACACACGGACAUUCCGUGAAAAAGAGCCUUAUGUGAGCGCUCUCCCGAUGGCAGGACAUCACAGCACAGGGUCCCAGCUGAGCCUCAUCCUGGUGGGCAAGACGGGGAAUGGGAAGAGUGCGACAGGGAACACCAUCCUUGGGAGGGAAGCAUUUACUUCUAAUUUGUCAGCUGAGUCGUUAACACAAGUGUGUGAAAAAGAAGAAUGCUUCUUCGGUGACAGAUUAAUUGAAGUUGUCGACACGCCCGGCCUUUUUGACACUAAGGAAGUCAACGAGAAAACAGCUGAAAAGAUUCAGAAAGCCUUUAAGAAACUCUAUUCAGGGGUCCACGCCAUCAUCCUGGUGAUGCAGCUGGCCCGAAUCAGUAAGGAAGAGCAGGAAGUGGCUGAGUGGGUGACCAGAAUCUUCCAUUCUAAAGCAGAGAGAUACACAAUCCUCUUAUUCACCCGAGCAGAGGAGCUGGAGGAUCCAAAAGGUCUGAAGGGCUUCAUAGACAAGAGCCCAUACCUCAAGGGCCUGGCAGCCAAGUGUGGAAAUCGGUACAUUGGUUUCAGCAAUGGAGUCACUGGAGAGAAAAGGGAUCAGCAGGUUGCAGAGCUCAUCAACAUGAUUGAUGCCAUGGUCGAGCAGAAUGGCAGUGCUCCGCGUUACACACGAGAAAUGCUGGAGGAAGACACACGGACAUUCUUUGAGAAAGAGCCUUAUGUGAGCGCUCUCCCGAUGGCAGGACAUCACAGCACAGGGUCCCAGCUGAGGAUCCUGCUGGUAGGGAAGACGGGGAGUGGCAAGAGUGCGACAGGGAACACCAUCCUUGGAAGAAAUGUAUUUUUAUCGGGUUCGUCAUCACAUGCGGUAACAAGAUGCUUCAAUAUAGAGGAGAACAACUUUGCUGGAAGACCAAUUGUUGUUGUUGACACUCCUGGCCUUUUUCAUGGAAGAGAAGCCAAUGUGAGAACAGCUGAAAACAUUAAGGAAAGCCUUCAGGUCCUCUCUUCAGGGUUCCACGCCAUCAUCAUGGUGAUGCAGAUCACUGAAGAGGCGGAAAAAGUGGCUAAACGGGUGAACGAUGUUUUUGAUACUAAAGCAGACAAGUACACAAUCCUGGGAUUCACCCAGGCAGAACAGCUGGAGCAUCCAGAUGAUCUGAAGGGUUUCAUAGAAGGGAGGCCAUACCUCAAGGAGCUGGCAGCAAGGUGUGGAAAACGAUGCAUUGCUUUUAGCAACAAGGACUCCAAAGCGAUGAGGAAUGUUCAGUCUGCAAAGCUCAUCAACAUGAUUGAUGCCAUGGUAGAGGAGAAUUGCAGUGCUCCGUGCUACACACAGGAAAUGCUGGAGGACGACACAUGGAAAUUCCUUGAGAACUUUUGUACCAUCCUGUAGGCAGCCAGGGGUCGGUCCCAGAACAGGGACCUCCUCUGCUGUGCUGUUCCUGCUGUCUCAACACGGCGAUGUGAGGCAGGGUG